GUGCACGGCUUUCUGUCCGACCUGCUGGCCGACCCGAUCCGAAAAGAGAUCCUUUAAAAGCUGAGGGCAGCGAGCGACCAAGUGUCAGUUAGCAGCUAGUUGCCCGCCGCUUCCGUUCUCGCUUGCGACCGUGGGAGUGCAGCGGCCCAGUUAAUUCCCCCGGACACAGCACCAGCACCUCCCUCCCUGCUCAACACCCCUUCCCUGCGCCAUCGGGGCUGUUGCUUGUGAUGCGUGUGUGAAUUUGUGCGUGCGUGUAUGGGUGUGUGAGUGUGUGUGUGUGUAUAUGGGUGGGAGUAUAAGUGAAGAAGGACGCUGUAUACGCACGAUUCCGACAUACACACAAUAGGGUGCUUGGUCCGCGUGUCGCUUCCGGUGCUGGUGCGGUUUGCAUCCGGUGCCCGUGACGUACGUGAGCGAUUUGCAACUCUUCUCACCUCCUGUAUGCCGCUGCGGCACCUUGUUUUUGGUAGAAACCUCGGUGGAAGAAUUUUGACAGAUCGUGUGCGUGUGUGUGUACUAGUGUUGCAAGAGUGCUAGUGUUCGUUACGUGCUGAGGCUGGCGGCUCAGGUAGCACAGCAUCAUCUGUUUGUUGACUGCUCCAAGCUCCUGAUUGUGUGUGUGUGCAUAGUGAAGGUACGGGUUGAGUGUGUUGUUAAUUUGCUUCUUGCAUUCUUUCCUUUUCAUCAAUCUCAAAGCGCUCCAAUCAACCAUUAUAUCAGAUAAACAAUAGCAAAAAAGAUAGAAAGAGAAACGAAACAGACGAGAAACCCAGAAAAGAAAAGAGAAACAACAAAAAAUUACUGUCGCAGCGAGCGAAAGCAUGGUCCAUGCUGGUCCUUCGAACACGAACUGACGUUACGCAGUGAGCGUGUGUGCGUGUGUUUUGUUUUUCUUGUAUCCAGAACCGUACACAGUGCGUGUGCGUGUGUGUGUUUUUUUUUGUUUGAACUUCACACCACAGCAGGGGACGUUUUCCACUUUUUGACAACCGACGGUGACAGUUGCGAGAAAGACAAUCCUGAUAAUAAGCGCAUAUCUCCCCAUCGCUGCCUCCCAUUUGCUCCCCUUCAAACAGGAAAACAGGGGAAACGGCGUCACCCAAAACCAAAACAUUAGCACACCAACACUGACGAGCGCACUUACCACCAAUACCACAGCAAGCGUCCAUCAACCACUACUAGCAGUAGAAAAGGAAGGAGCAGCAGCAUCAUUCAACCAGCUCGUGAGCCACUGGCGUAGUGCAUAAAUAACGCAAAAGCGUGUUCCUCGUCGCUGCCCUUUCCCUGCCUCGAUUCACAUUUCCUUCCCUAUACCGAGUGCGUGUGUGUCUGUGCGUGCGUGCGGCUGUGUGAGUGAGUGAAGAGAGCUUUCGCCAAGCGGGGCUCGACGGAGGAAACGAACGCGCAAGGGCGCAACCGACGCACUGAGCUGUCGCAGUGAGACGUGAGACUCUCGCACACCGGCAUCCCUCCCUUUUCCUCCCUGGCACAGCUUCGUGUCACUUUGUUGAGCGUCUGAGAGCCCUGAGCUCGCACUGAGUGGCUGCAGCCGAGUGUUCAACUCAAGACCAUGACGGGUCGGUGGGCUCACCCGUGCUGGUGGGCCGCUUGCCUACUAGCGCUUCUGCUACACGGUCCUGCUCCUGCCCGCGCCCUCCCGGACGCCAUUCGAAUCGGUGGACUGUUCCAUCCGGACGACGAUCAUCAGGAGAUAGCGUUCCGGUACGCGGUGGAAAAGAUCAACUCCGACCGGACGAUACUGCCCCGCUCGAAACUUCUCGCACAGAUCGAGCGUAUCUCGCCGCAGGAUAGCUUUCUAGCAUCGAAACGAGUGUGUCAUUUGCUUGGUGUCGGUGUGGCCGCCAUCUUCGGGCCGCAGUCGUCGCACACCGCCAGCCAUGUGCAGAGCAUUUGCGAUACGAUGGAGAUUCCUCACCUGGAGACGCGCUGGGACUAUCGGUUGCGGCGCGAAAGCUGUCUCGUCAAUCUGUACCCCCAUCCGAGCACGCUGUCCAAGGCAUACGUGGAUCUGGUGGCGGCCUGGGGCUGGAAGUCUUUCACCAUCAUCUAUGAAACGAACGAGGGGCUGGUGCGCAUGCAGGAACUGCUCAAGGCGCACGGACUCUCCGACUACCCGAUCACCGUGCGACAGUUGAGUGACUCCGGCGAUUACCGCCCGCUGCUGAAGCAGAUCAAAAACUCGGCCGAAUCGCACAUCGUGCUCGACUGUUCGACCGAGCGGAUCUACGAGGUGCUGAAGCAGGCGCAGCAGAUCGGUAUGAUGAGCGACUACCACAGCUAUCUCAUCACAUCGCUGGAUCUGCACACCAUCAAUCUGGACGAGUUCAAGUACGGUGGCACCAACAUUACCGCGUUCCGGCUGGUCGAUCCGGAAAACCCGGAGGUAGCGCAGGCCAUCCACAACUGGACGAUCGGCGAGGCACGGCUCGGCAAAAAGGUUGACUUCAAAACGGCGGAGAACGUGACCGUGAUCAAGGCGGAAACGGCGCUGAUGUAUGACGCGGUGCAUCUGUUUGCGAAAGCGCUGCACGAUCUGGAUACCAGCCAGCAGAUUGACAUUCAUCCGCUGUCAUGCGACACCCAGGAUACGUGGCCGCACGGAUACAGCCUCAUAAAUUAUAUGAAAAUCGUGGAGAUGCGCGGACUGACCGACGUCAUCAAGUUUGACCACCAGGGCUUCCGGAGCGAUUUCGUGCUAGACAUUGUGGAGCUGGGACCGCAGGGGCUGCGCAAGAGCGGCACCUGGAACUCGACCUCGGGCGUCAACUUCACGCGCACGUACGGCGAGCAGCAGAAGGAGAUCGUCGAGAUACUGCAGAACAAGACGCUGAUCGUGACGACGAUCCUGAGCGCGCCGUACUGCAUGCGCAAGGAUUCGGCCGAGAAGCUGACCGGCAACUCGCAGUUCGAGGGCUACGCGAUCGAUCUGAUACACGAGAUUUCGAAGAUACUGGGCUUCAACUACACGAUACGGCUCGCGCCUGACGGUCGUUAUGGCAGCCACAACAAGGAGACGGGCGAAUGGGACGGCAUGAUCAAGGAGCUGCUGGAGCAGCGGGCUGACCUAGCCAUUGCCGACCUUACCAUCACUUUCGACCGCGAGCAGGUGGUCGACUUCACGAUGCCGUUCAUGAACCUCGGCAUCUCGGUGCUGUACCGGAAGCCGGUGAAGCAGCCACCCAAUCUGUUUUCCUUCCUUUCGCCGCUCUCGCUCGACGUCUGGAUCUACAUGGCGACGGCCUACCUCGGUGUCUCGGUGCUGCUGUUCAUACUGGCGCGCUUCACACCGUACGAGUGGCCCACGCCGAACCCGUGCGAUCCGCACCCGGAAAAGCUGCAAACACAGUUCACGCUGAUGAACUGCAUGUGGUUCGCGAUCGGUUCGCUGAUGCAGCAGGGGUGCGAUUUUCUGCCCAAGGCCGUCUCGACGCGCAUGGUUGCCGGGAUGUGGUGGUUCUUCACGCUGAUCAUGAUCUCGUCGUACACCGCUAACCUGGCCGCCUUCCUCACUGUCGAGCGGAUGGACUCGCCGAUCGAGUCGGCCGAGGAUCUGGCGAAGCAGACCAAGAUCAAGUACGGGGCACUGCGCGGUGGCAGUACCGCAGCCUUCUUCCGGGAUUCGAACUUCUCCACUUAUCAGCGCAUGUGGUCGUUCAUGGAGUCGGCCCGCCCGUCCGUGUUCACCGCCAGCAACAUCGAGGGCGUGGAGCGCGUGGUAAAGGGCAAGGGCAGCUACGCCUUUCUGAUGGAGUCGACCUCGAUCGAGUACGUGAUCGAGCGGAACUGCGAGCUGACGCAGGUCGGCGGCAUGCUCGACUCGAAGGGCUACGGUAUCGCGAUGCCACCGAACUCACCUUUCCGGACGGCGAUUAGCGGUGCGGUGCUGAAGCUGCAGGAGGAAGGCAAACUGCACAUCCUGAAAACGCGCUGGUGGAAGGAAAAGCGUGGCGGUGGAUCCUGCCGGGACGAUACGUCUAAAUCGAGCUCAACAGCGAACGAGCUGGGGCUGGCGAACGUGGGCGGCGUGUUUGUCGUGCUGAUGGGCGGUAUGGGCGUUGCGUGCGUUAUCGCCGUGUGCGAGUUCGUCUGGAAGAGCAGAAAGGUGGCGGUCGAGGAACGGUACUAAAUGCAUCCACCCGUGCACCUACCCUCGGUGAAAGGGAAAUUCGUACGACUGAAAGACAACCAGCGCAUACUAAAGUAAGCCGAGCAGAGGGAUCGAUGUUCACAGGAAAUAAAACCCAUACACACGCGCACACACACAGUAGAUGCUCAGUAAAAGUCCCUGUACAGUUGAAAUUGGCAGUUCCAUGCAACGCGAAGCAAAUAGUAGAAUGGAACAAACUACAAAUACAAGUUACAUGGUCGAACGGAUAAUAAUUGAAACAAUAUGCGCAAACUGAGUACUCACACAGUAAAUAUCCAACGACAUGUGAACAUGUGAAUCUGUACAUUUGUUCUGAUUGAACAGUGAAGAAACGGGGCAACCAAAACGAGCCAUUAUGCUCGAAGGCGGAAAAAUGCGUGAGAAAAAAUAUUAGGGAAUUUUUUACCAAAAAAAACAACAAAAAAUAAACAAUCUAGAGUAGUCAACAAUUAUGAUUAAACAUUCUUCAGAUAAAUUGUCCCGUAACCGAACCGCAGGCUCUGCAUUCCUGGGGUGGAAUUAGAGGCAAAGAGAAAUAGAGAGAGAAAGAGAGAAAAAACCAGAAAACAGGAUAGAUAGAGAGAGAGAGAGAGAGAGAGAGAGAGAGAGAGA